AUGGGCUCAAGCUCCUCCUCCUACGCCCCAAAAACCAUUUACCUGGAUGUGGAUGGGAAAGUGCAAAAGGUGGUGUUCAGUCGGCACUGCAGCCCGUGUGACAUCAAGGAGCUUCUGUGUUCCUCGUCUAACAUUCCCAGGAACACUGCUAUCAUGAUGGUGGACCCAGAAGGCACCUUGGUCUCCAUAGAUCCCACUAUGCCCACCAACUCUCCAAAAUUUCCUCGCAGCUCUUUGUACAAAGUUGUCCCUCUGUCUACUGGACAGCUUGGAGAGAAGGAGGACAUGUUUCAGAAUGUGCUGUCCCAGGUGGCUGAGCAGUUCAGCAGAGCCUUUCGCAUCAACGAGUUGAAGACCGAAGUCACCAACAGGCUAGCAAUGCUGGAGAAGAGAGUGGAACUGGAGGGCUUGAAGGUGGUGGAGAUUGAGAAGUGUAAAAAUGAUCUGAAGAAGCUACGGGAUGAGAUGACUUCAAGAGGUGGUGGCAGAGUAAACUGUCCGUGUAAAUACAACUUCUCAGACGACGGCAAGAAGGUCACUCCUAGACGAGAUGUCCCCAAUUACCCAAAGUACACGCUGUCUCAGGAGACUGUUGAGGCACUCAAGAAGCCAACGUUCGACGUCUGGCACUGGGAACAUAACGAGAUGCUAAGUUGUUUGGAGUAUAUGUACCAUGACUUGGGACUGGUGAAAGAAUUCAACAUGAACCCCAUCACACUCAAACGUUGGCUGCUGGCGAUUCAGGAGAACUACCGCAACAACCCCUUCCACAACUUUCGCCACUGCUUCUGUGUUAGUCAGAUGAUGUAUGGCAUGAUCCACCUCUGCAACCUACAGGAGAAGCUGACCCUCACCGAUAUGGGAAUUCUAAUGACAGCUGCGGUGUGUCAUGACCUGGACCACCCUGGCUACAACAACACGUACCAGAUCAAUGCGCGCACAGAGCUGGCAGUGCGCUACAACGACAUAUCUCCUCUGGAGAACCAUCACUGCGCUGUGGCCUUCCAGAUCCUUUCUCUUCCUGAGUGCAACAUCUUUGCAAACGUGGAUCCUGAGGCAUUCAAACAGAUCCGACAGGCAAUCAUCACCCUCAUCCUCGCCACCGACAUGGCCAGACACGGGGAGAUACUGGACUCCUUUAAGCAAAAAGUGGACAACUUUGACUUCACCAACGAAGAGCAUGUGACAUGCCUGAAGAUGGUUUUGAUUAAGUGCUGUGAUAUUUCCAACGAAGUGAGGCCAACUGAGGUGGCUGAGCCAUGGGUGGACUGCCUAUUGGAGGAGUACUUCAUGCAGAGUGACAGGGAGAAGUCUGAGGGUCUCCCCGUGGCUCCCUUCAUGGACAGAGAUAAAGUCACCAAACCCACUGCUCAGAUUGGAUUCAUCAAGUUUGUCCUCAUCCCGAUGUUUGAGACUGUCAUGAAGCUUUUCCCUCAGAUAGAGGAGAUCAUGGUCCAACCUUUGAGGGACUCUCGUGACCACUAUGAGGAGCUGAAACAGAUUGAUGAUGCCAUGACAGAGGGGUCUUCGUUCGUGAUCAAAUUCAGGAAGGACUUUUAAAAGCGCAACUGAGGCCUCGGUGAAGACGUUCUGCGCUGCGUUCUGAAGAUGACAGCUGGAUCAGGAGGGAGAGAAAAGAGACUGCUUGACUACAUACUGAUCUAAACUUAGGCAUCAUGGUGGCAUAUCUUGAACUUUGACUUAGACUUUUGCACUGGAUGUAACAGAGAGGGACCUUGUGACCUCGCUGUAUAUUUAUGGUGUUUAUGUUGUUCUCCCUACUCUUGUCAUUUCAUAGUGCCUGGUGAGUUUGAAGGACCAGUUUCUCCAAAAAAAAAAAAAAAACAUACUUAAAACCUAUUUUAAGAUUGAUUAUCAUGCAUUUAAACGUAUACAGUGGCUGUAGAAGAGGCCUCAUGGACUAAAGGUUCAGGAAAAUAUUUUCCGCAGAGAGGAAAUUUUUUUUCCACCAAUUUUCCAGCAGAAAAAAUAAAAUGGGCCAAACUGGGGUGUUCUCACCUCACCGUAGCAAUAAGUUUUUGAUUGUUAUGGUCCGCUGGGUGUUUUCCAAAGAAUAACGCCACACACACACUUGUUCACACACAAUGAGCAUUUCAUUUAACCAUCACAAGUCUCCUUAAACACUUUUUGAUAAAAUAAAGCCACAAAGAGGCAUAUAUUGUCCAAGGUGUCACACAA